AUGACCAACACCGCUCAAACAUCAAUCAGGUUGAUGAUAGAUGAAGCCGUGCAAACUUCAGUCAAAUCGUUGAUCGCAGAAUCCGUCCAAACCGCAACCGCUCCUUUAGUCGAUAUGUUACAGGCUAUGGCUGCUCAGAUUGGGGUGCUGUCCAAACUCCAAGUGAGCAAAACUCAAGAGCAAAUCAAUUCUGAUGCCGAAACCGCAAAUAAACUGCAAGACGGAGAAAGGGAAAGGGAACGGUUAAGGAAGGAAAUCGAAGAAAAAGAUCAUGAGUUGGCCAAGCAGUGUAAUGAGGAAGAACAGGCGGCUCUCCAAGAACCCAUACCGGCUCAACCCUCGCACGCUAUGAAGACGAGGAAUAAGAACAAGCGAAAAGCGGUUUCAGAGGUGAUGAAGCGGGCAGAACGAAACAGUCAAAGAGUAAUCGAACCGGUCAGUGUAAACGAAGAACCUCUUGACGAAGAAGAAGAAGAGGACCUCGAAGAACUCAACCGGCGUAAGAAGAAGGCAGUCGAUAUUUCAACCGCAACCCCAAGUUCAAGACCGAUUGUUGCUCAAACGCCUCUCCCACCAAAACCAACCU